UACUUCACGACGGUUGGAAUGAAUGGAUCGGUUUACACUUACAGUUUUAGUAGUAUGGUUUUUUUGAAUUUGAAAAAACUUUAAAAAAUAAAACAAUAAACUUUGAAUUAUUAUGUUUAAUGUAAGAAGAUGUGUACACAACUAUUAAUGUUUUAUUGAAUCGAUGGAUGUUGUAAUGUGAUAUUACCCAGUGGAAAAUAAAAUAAUUUGUUCAACAAUCUGCUGUAAACAACACACUACAAAUUAAUGGAUUAAAAAUAUUACCGAAAAGCGGAUUGUUAAAAACCGAUAAAAAGGAAAAUUUCACACGUUCGAAUGAAAAUUUAAAUUUUAUGAUAGGUGUACGGGUGUUGUGCUAAUUAAAUUUAAAAAAAAAUCCUUCUGUGAAAAUUAAAAUUGAUAAACAAAACGGGACGUGAAAAAUUGUCCACUUCUUAUCAUUUGUUUGGUUUUUCUUUGCACUUUAGAUAACUCACGAGAUUAGAGUUAUAACUAAAGAUAAUAGUCAUCAAGGUGUAACGAAUAUGCCACAAUAAACCAAGUUCAACCGUGCAAAAGAUGAAGUUAAUAUAAAUUGUUCAGCGACAAAGUUGUGAUAAAAAUAUUUUAAUUAAAAUUAAAAACAAGAAAUUUAGUCAAAACAACAACUGAUGAUAAAGUGCAAUAAUUAAAAGAAAAAUUGUUUAAUUUCUUAAAACAAAUAUAAUAAAAAAGCGCUACAAAAACCGCGAAAGACAAAUUUCAGUGAAUAUGCUGCAGUCAAUUUGACGAUAAAUUUAUUUUUCUUUAAAUUAAAUUUAAACCCAUGGUUCUGCAUAAUAAAAACCACACUGAACAAACAACCCAGUGAAAUACGGUGGAGGUUUCCAUACAACAAUUAUACUUUUUGAGAUUUACUUGAAAUGGUGACAUUAAUGCCUUGUUAUAUAUCAGCACCCCGCUGUGGACUGAUUGAUAAAAUGAUAGAACCAAAGGUGAAAAGACCGAAAAUAGAAGCGACAGAACCAAACGAUAGGAAUUCAAGCAGACAAUGCGGUCCAACCGGAAACUUGAACCAAUGUAACUCAACCGCAGUAACCAACAAUCUACCACUCAGUACAUCAACUUCCAUCUCAUUUUCUCAGCCAUCAUUGCCAUUUAUCAACAGUCAUAAUAUCACAUCACAACAGGCCAGCAUCGGUAACAAUAUAGCUCUAUCCACAUCCGGCACCACAUCGUCGUCAUCGAUUGGAUUGGGACUUAAUCUAACAUCUAACGGUGGCGGUUCGGCAAGCAAUUCACAAAGUGAUAAUGGUAAUCAUACGACAACGUCAAAUGCCGCACAUUUAUCCACAAUUUUAAACAAUUCAAUAAACUUGGGUGUAUCGCCAUCAGCAAAUCGUACAAAUGUAAUUCAGUCUGACCUGGGAAUGUCACAUUGGCUGAAUGAAACAGCUCUGGUUAAAUCGGAAAAUCGAAGUCCAACAUUGGAUGUUGCAACCGUCGGCAGUUUAUCGAAUUCGUCACAUUUAGACUCGACAUUAUUCUGUUCGAAUCCAACCACUGGCCUGGAAAGUUUACAAAACUCAAACUCCUUUGACCAUAAGCAAGAUUAUUACAACUACUACAACAGCAUGCAGCAAUACACGCCGUCGUUUUACUCGUCGUAUGGGUCUCCCUAUCCGACUAGAACAACGCCGAAAAUUCCUUCACCAAACACAUAUCUUGCGUCAACUUAUUCCUCAUCGGCAAACAAUAACUCCUCUCAAUUGUACACCUCGUAUGGGUACAACAAUUUCGGACAGUUCGGCGCAGCGCAACAAGAUUACAGUGGCUAUUACAACGACCAAUAUCCAACCGGAUAUUACAAUGCAGCUAAUUAUUCAUCGUAUGUGAGCUCACCCGGUUCCAGCGGCAGUCAAAGUUUUCAUUUGACUGCUGGCCUGCCGGAAAGUCCAUCCGAUGGUCAUCCAACCACUCCCACUCUACUUGCUCAUUCACAUUCGCCCAUAUCGCCAUUGUCGAUAUCGCCAAACACGAUUUCGUCCAAAACGGCCACAACGCCAACAACGAAAACAGGACGAACACGCGGACGUAGACACGCUCAUCCAAGUCCAACGCGCAGCACUAUAUCCGAUUCGGGGUUGACUGACAACACGAAAGCGCCAGAACGAGUUUUCAUUUGGGAUUUGGAUGAAACGUUAAUCAUCUUCCACUCGCUGCUGACGGGAAAAUAUGCAAACACCUACUCAAAGGAACAGAAUCAUUACUAUCAGUUGGGCAUACAAAUGGAAGGACUGAUAUUUGAUAUGGCUGAUGUGCAUUUUUUCGGUAAUGAUGUUGAAGACUGUGAUCAAUCGCAUAUAGACGAUGUUAGUUCUGAUGAUAACGGGCAGGACUUAAGUGGUUACAAUUUUGCGACCGAUGGUUUUCAUUCGGGAACACCACAAGGAGCUCCACCAAAUCUAUGCUUGCCGACUGGAGUACGUGGCGGUGUUGACUGGAUGAGGAAACUUGCAUUUAGAUACAGAAAAAUCAAAGAUUCGUACAACUUAUAUAGAAACAAUGUUGGCGGUCUGUUAGGCCAACAAAAACGUGAUCAAUGGCUCCAGGUACGAGCUGAAAUUGAAGCAGCCACCGACAAUUGGUCAGCGUUGAUAAUGAAAUGUUUGAGUAUGAUAGCUCAACGUGAAAAUUGUGUCAAUGUACUGGUAACGACCACUCAGCUAGUCCACUCACUAGCCAAAGUAUUGCUGUUCGGAUUCGGUCAAAUAUUUCCAAUUGAAAAUAUCUACAGUGCAACGAAAUUAGGCAAGGAAACGUGCUUUGAGCGUGUGGUGACUCGGUUCGGUCGGAAAAGUACCUACGUUGUUAUUGGUGACGGACAGGAUGAAGAGACGGCCGCAAAGAAUCUAACAUUUCCAUUUUGGAGAAUAUCGUCACACAGUGAUAUACGAGCUUUGUAUACUGCACUCGACAUGGGUUUCUUAUGAAAGAUUUAUCAUUUUGUGGAAUGAGUAAAUUUUAUCAAUUUAAAGUCUCGUCUAUCGUUCUCUUAAAUUUGUAACAUAAAAGAAAAGAUUGUGGAUUUAGUGAUGAGAAUAAUUGUACGUUUUACAGUCAAAGUGAAAAUUUCAUUUUCUUAAUUCAUUGAAUUUUCCGUAAAAAUUAAAAAAUUUAAUUCUAUUACCAGUGACAACUUCUUUAAAUAAAAAUGUUCUGUGGUUAAACUAUCAAGCAGGAAGUGAAUCUCUAACUCGGUAUUUUUUUUUCUUUUUGUUUGCUAAAGCUUUACAAUUAAAUGUUUUGUACAAAUUUCUAUUUUCUUCCGGAAAAUCUAAAAAAUAAAAAUUAUUUUUAAAAAUCUUUUAGUCAAUUUCCUAAUUAAUUUUAAAUUAAAUUUAGACGAAGGAACUAAGAAAGAGAAAAAACAGUUUUCGAACUAUAGAAAAAGCCAUUGCUGAGAAUUUGUGUUCAGAAUUCGAUUUUACCAUAUUUUAUUGAAACACUUGAAGGACACUACUUGAUCUUGGAUCGAUUCAAAAAUGUUCGAUCGAUUUUUUUUUAAAUACAAAUUUUUGUAUAAGUUGCACGCGUUGCACACAUUUACAUCUACGUUUUACUUCAAGUCUUAUUUGUAAAUAUAUUUCAAAAAA